UGUCGCCAGUCCCGGUACGACUGCCUUUUUCAUUCUAACUCUGAUGAGGUGGCUCUUCGCAGCGUUGGUCGCGUUUGUGGCGUUGCAGCUACUGUUGCCGUUGAUUCAGCCGAUGCAUCCGCGUGCGUUUGCAGGUGGCAUCAUUGCAGCGCACGCAGCCAGCAACGACAAUCACAUCGAUGAGACUGACGCGGCAAUGGUGGCGGCGGGUACGACUGGCGGUGGUCUGGCUGGUGACGCACUGCUCGUGGCGCAAGGCGACGUGGACGGCGACCUCUCGUCCGACGCCUGGUACUUGACGCCGUCGACUGGCGGGAACCUGUCGAUCGCCAUGUGGAAUGCCAAGACGGGCGCGUUUGGCGCUCCGACAGUCAGCUGGGCCAACAUUGACGUCUGGCAGGCAGUCAACCGAGCGCUGGCGACCAGACUGCUGCUGCCAGUCAAGGACCAAGCACCGACGACGGAUGGCACUGCUGACACUGACCAGCAGCCAACUGGCAAUGGCACAGACCCCCGACGGAGGCGCGAUGAUGACGGAUCCACGGAUCCACCGUUGCCGUACACGAGCGCGGCGAUGACGGGCGUCGUUCCUGCUGACGUCAAUUUCGAUGGAAUCACCGAUGCUGCAAUCACCUUCACCUUCACGGGUAGCGACAAUGUCGAGUACCAUUCUGUCGUUGUGAUGAGGGGCAAUGGCCGCUCGCUCGAGAUGCCAGCUUCGGCGCCAGCAGCAUAUGCCAACAACUCGCUCAUUUUGUCUCUGGUGGCUCCGAGCAUCUUUGAUUGCUCUGGCGAUAUGGUGCCAGAUGUCUUUGGCGUGUCAGCAACGACUCUGCGCUAUACGUGCUGGGCCAACGCACGAACUGGCCAGUUUGAGCACGCCACAGGCUCGGACUUUCACGGGAUGGGUUUGAACACAACCGUGCCACUCGUGAUUCAACGAAAUCAAGAGGAAGACCCUUCUGCAUGGACUCUUUUGCCUCCGACGUUUGCCGUUGCCGAUGUCAGCGGCGAUCUCAUGGCUGACAUUUUGAUUGCCGAGGCCAUGUUCCGCACAAGCGACCAAGCCUGGCGUGGGCGACUGCUAGUCGCGCAAAAUGUUGGCCGUGGAGCGUAUCGUGUGCACCAGUUGUUGGAUUUGCCAGUCGGAACUGGUCACAUAACGUUUGUGGACGUCGAUACGGAUGGGCGCAUUGACAUGCUCUUCCCGAAGUGCAACCCGCCCGAAUCGUGUGCCAGCUCAAGUGAGAUUGUUGUUGCUCGAAACGCCAAUCUGCCCAAGACGGGCCAGUUGUAUGGCUUUGAUUUGAGCUCGGACAAUGUGGCUGGCCAUACUUGGACCACAGCGGCGUUUGCGGCAACGUCAGGCAUUUGUCCUUCAUGUACCUUUCUACCGUAUGCUGUCGUCCAUUCACACAACGUCCGUUUGGACGUUCAGCCCAGGCUUCGCGUCGGCGAUCUGAACUUGGACGGGUUUGUCGAUGUGCUCGUAGCCGUGCGGAAUCCUACACAAAACCGGGAUUCAGCUGUUCUCUUGGUCAAUUCCUACAUGCACACUUUCUCCCCAUCCUCUUUGGUUGCGGCCUCAAGCCUCUCAGCGGACGACCGUAUUCUUGCAUGUGCUUUUAUGGACCUUGGCUCCAAUGCUAACCUAGACAUGGUGGUCUCCAGUGUCUCUCUGACUUCUCAAAACCAUCGUAUCACGCCCGUUGUGUCUGGGCGCCCCGACGAUGUCUAUCUGCUGUCAGUGUAUAUUUCGAACGGCGUGUGUCCUGAUAGCUCGUGUGACGGCAAACUCAUUCCUGAUGCCAAGCCGUACGGAAUUUCCACUUAUGGCCCAUCUGUUUUGUGUACGUUUGCCGAUGAGUCGGGCGACGCUCGAAGUCUGCAUAGCGUCCAGCUUUCGCAAAACGGGUUUCAGGCGCUCGACUUGCCGUUUGUCCUGAUUGGACUUGGCCGCACUACCAGCUAUGUUGACACGCUUGAUGUCGGUGUCGCAUACACUAUUGGCGGGGCCGCUCCAACUCGUCAGUGGCCUUCCUUGAUACCCAAUUCACAAGUGGUGAUUUUCCCAUCACCUUUGGACAGUCCAGACAGUUGGAUCAUGGAGCUGUAUCUAUCUCCCGGAGAAACAAUGCUAUGGACUGGUGUAUCCCUCAUCUGCACUUGUGUCGCAUUGGCGGUCGUCAUUUGGGGGUUGCGGUACCGUGAAAAGCGUCAAGAUGAGGUCGAAAAACGACGAACCGCCCAUUUAUUCCAUUUUGGCGAUUCUUAACCAACUCCUAUCAGGCCCAUUUUACUAGUUUUCUCGAUUUUGGUUUCUAUCUGCACUUGUAUUUUCCUUUCAAUGAACAAACAAUUUGAACACGA